CUCUCUCUCUCUAGCCCCCACCAUCAUAGGAUGCACGAAACUGAUGGCAAGGGAUGCCUCAAUUAAUGAGCAGUCCUUCCCUUGCAUUUGCUGCUACACCGUAGCAGGAAUUCCCAUAGAUUGAGACAAAGAAAUCAUAGGCAGGGAAGGAGGAGGAAGUGGAGCGGGAACAAGCAAAAGCGAAGGUGAAGGGAUUAAAGGAUCGGAACGCUGGAGAGGGCGGGGAAGAUGGGGCGAGGGAAGAUCGAGAUCAAGAGGAUCGAGAACACGACCAGCCGGCAGGUGACCUUCUGCAAGCGCCGCAACGGCCUUCUCAAGAAGGCCUACGAAUUGUCCGUCUUGUGCGACGCCGAGGUCGCCCUCGUCGUCUUCUCCAGCCGCGGCCGCCUCUUCGAGUACGCCAACAACAGUGUGAAAGCAACUAUUGAAAGGUAUAAGAAAGCAUGCAGUGAUACUGCCGGCACCGGAUCUGUCCCGCAACUUAAUGCUCAGCACUACCAGCAAGAAUCAGCAAAACUCCAACAGCAAAUCAACCACAUACAAAGCACCAACAGGAGUUUGAUGGGUGAGGGUCUCAGCUCCAUGAGCCUCAGAGACAUGAAGCAACUCGAGAAUAAAUUGGAGAAAGGCAUAAGCAAAAUAAGAACCAAAAAGAACGAGCUGUUGAAUGCUGAAAUCGAGUACAUGCAGAAAAGGGAGAUGGAGCUGCAAAAUGACAAUGUCUUCCUAAGGAACAAGAUAACAGAGAAUGAGAGAGCCCAACAACAGAUGAACAGUCUGCCUUCAGCAAGUGAGUACGAGAUCUUGACACCAUUUGAUUCAAGGAACUUCCUGCAAGUUCUGCAACCCGCUCAGCAUUAUUCCCAGCACCAGCAAGCAGGCCUCCAACUUGGAUGAAAUGGUGUCUACUCGGUGCUUUUGCAAAUGGUUCUGUAGACAAUCGAGCUUAGUUCCUGCGGGAAGCACUCGGUAAGUAACAUUCUGAAAUCCGAGUCUCUGGAUUUCUCUGAACUUGUUAUCUAAAUGAUCAUCUAGGUCUAAUGUUGGCAGACUUUAGGACAAGCAUUUCCUCUUUUAUUGCAUGGACUAACAGUCUUGUAAGAUUGUGCUCGUGUCCUUAAUAGCCAUUACCUUGUUGCUAGUUUUA